AUGCUGCGCGCCUUGGUGGCGGUGUCCCUGUGGCUGCGGGUGAGCCCACGGGCGCAGGGCGCGCCGUGUGAAGCGGUGCGCAUCCCCAUGUGCCGCUCCAUGCCCUGGAACAUCACCCGCAUGCCCAACCACCUCCACCACAGCACCCAGGAAAACGCCGUCCUCGCUAUUGAGCAGUACGAGGAGCUGGUGGCCACCGGCUGCAGCCCGGUCCUCUCUUUCUUCCUCUGCGCCAUGUAUGCUCCCAUCUGCACGCUGGAGUUCCUGUACGACCCCAUCAAGCCCUGCCGCUCCGUCUGCCAGCGCGCCCGCGACGGCUGCGAGCCCAUCAUGCGCCGCUACAACCACAGCUGGCCCGAGAGCCUCGCCUGCGACGACCUUCCCGUCUAUGACCGCGGUGUCUGCAUCUCCCCCGAGGCCAUCGUCACCGACCUGCCGGAGGAUAUGAAGUGGACGGACUUCACGCAGGGUGUGAUGGUACAUGAGAGACCCUCGGAGCCCGACUGCAAGGGCCGCGGCCAGGAGCGGUGCAGGUGUAAAAAGACAAAGCCUACGCUGUCGACCUACCUGGCCAAGAACUACAGCUACAUCAUUCACGCCAAGGUAAGAAGUGUAGAAAGAGGGAGCUGCAACGAGGUCACGACUGUGGUGGAAGUCAAAGACAUACUGAAGUCUUCCACACCCAUUCCUCUGUCUCAAGUGCCUCUUCUGACAAAUUCCUCCUGCCAGUGUCCACCUCUCCAGCCCAAGCAGGACGUUCUCAUCAUGUGCUACGAAUGGCGCUCGAGGUUGAUGCUUCUUGAUGGAUGCCUAGUUGAAAAAUGGAAAGAUCAGCUGAACAAAAGAUUUAAGAGGUGGGAACAGAGACUGCAAGAACAAAAGCUGCGGGUAGCACGCAGUAAGAACCAGAACGCAGGACACAGCGGGCGGAGUGGAGCCCCAAGAACAACCAAGAACACCAACCCGCUGGUCAGUGGCCCCAAAAAAGCCAUUAAAAUGAGGAGUGGCCAGAGAGAAAUUAACCCUAAAAGAGUAUGA